AACAGAUAUGUUCUACCAUUUGAGAUAUGGUAAAAUUUUUUAUGCCCCGGAUUCAGCGAUUCCGCAAAAAAAAGCAAUUCCAGGGAGCCCUAUAGAUACAAAAGUGAGCAAAAAUGAUUGCAAGGAAGGAACAGGAAUACUCGAACACUGCUUGUAAAAUGAAAAACCACUGAAAAAUGAGAAGUAUUAUUUUUUUUUCAGUGGGAACGUAUUGCAUUUAUAGGGUUACACUUGUGUUUUAAAUGUGCGAUUGAUGGAACGUCGAGGAUUUCCCGAUGGAAAGUAGGCGCCGAAAAGGUUUUCACUGUUGCGGGGCAAGUUUUACCGCAGAGUUCCGCGCGAAACCGCCGGAACAGAAUUACGAGAUGGAUAGAAAGACGCGAGAAUCGAUUAAUGGCUGAACUGCCAAUGUGGUUUUACGACAAGUAAUCGAUACGGUUCUUUUAUUAAAUCGACACGAAAGGCAAAGGAAUUUACCGAACGUAAAAUUUGAAACGUUCGCGUAAUAAUUACAUCGGCCUUCGUAAAUUAUUCAUUCCUUCAAAGAAUUUAGUGAACUAAUUAAAGUCUCGCAUACGUUAUCGUUGAACCGACGAUCUCUUUAUAGUUAUAGAAAAUUUAAGACUGGAAAUAGUACAAAAUGAAUAUAAAUACAUUUCUAUAAAGGAAUCAGUAUUGAUUAAUCACAUUUGCUAUUACAAAAUGUAAGUUUUCAAGAACCAAAUAAGACAAUAGGCUUUUUUAAUACUUGGUAUAUACAACAACUUGAACGCACUGCCAUUUCAAAAGCGAUUUCCAAAGUGAUCUCCUUCGGUCAGGGUACCUUGAAGGAGUUCAAUGACAACACAUGCUUAACUUGGGAACACAUUGUCACAGCCUCACUGUCAGUAUAAAGUUUUGCUAGUGAAUACGUAUAACCUAAACUAGCCGAAAUGCUAAAAGAAUAUCUCUUAAAGAAUCAUCAAUUGGACUUAGAAGAUAUUUUGAACAACCCGGAUGUCAGCUGUUUCUACUCGAUCUAUGUAAACUUCGUGUUAUUAUUCAAAGACGAAACCGAUGUGGCACAAAAAGUUUUAAAGUAUCCUAGAUAUUAUUUACCAUUAUGCGACGAAGCCGUAGUAGCCGCACAGGAACAAAUAGCGGAACCACCGCAAAUCGUAAAGAAAAAAGUCCGUGUUAGAGUCACAGGUAUACCGGUUAUAUUGGAUGAGAUACAAAUUGGACAGCUUGUUUCAACAAGUGGCAUCAUAGUUAGAAUUUCUCAACCGACAUUAUUGAAAUCUAUCCAAAGAUACUGUUGUUCGAAGUGUAAACAUGUUAUGCUGGUUAAAUAUGAAUGGGAAAGACAGGAUUAUGCAAAUAUUUCGGAAUGUGAAAAAUGUCACGCGCCAAAAUUGAAGGUCCUAUCCGGUUUUGAUAUCGAAGAUUCCUCGGAUUGUCAGGAAAUAGGAUUACAAGAAGAAGGUAAAUCAGAUACAAAUAAAUCCUUGACCGAGGAAUUGAAAGUCAUUUUGCUGGACGAUUUAGUUGAUAAAUGUAGGCCAGGAGACCAUGUAGAAAUCAGUGGUGUCGUGAUAAGAAUUUGGGAUUCUUUAGAAGUCGGUGAACGUUUGCAGGCAAUCACUAAAAUGUUAGCAAAUAGCGUUGUAGUACGACGUAAGGUAUCCGAUACUUCUUCUUCGCAAGAGUUAAAAGAUACCUUCACAAGUUAUUGGGAAUCAUAUAACGAUAAUCCCCUACUCGGUAGAGACAAUAUUCUCGCCUCUAUUUGUCCGCAGCUUUAUGGAAUGUACACUGCAAAGUUAGCGUUAGCUAUUGUACUAGCUGGUGGUGUGCCGAAGUGCAACGAAAGCGGUACACGAGUACGCGGAGAACCUCAUCUUCUUUUGGUCGGUGAUCCUGGGACUGGAAAAUCUCAGUUGCUUCGUACAGCGGCCCGUUUGGCCAUAAGAUCAGUUCGUACGACCGGCGUAGGAUCGACUGCAGCUGGACUCACAGCAAGUGCUGUCAAAGACUCAUUUGGUUGGCACCUAGAAGCUGGAGCCUUGGUCUUAGCUGAUGGAGGCGUCUGUUGCGUGGACGAGUUCACAACCAUGAGCGCGCACGAUAGAACAUCCGUUCACGAAGCCAUGGAACAACAAACGAUAUCAGUCGCCAAAGCAGGAUUAGUUAGCACGUUAAAUUCCAGAUGUUCAGUGAUCGCGGCUAUUAACCCACACGGUGGCCAAUUCACGGAGGACAAAGAGUGGGAGACUAAUCUCGGAGAUCCUCUGCUAUCUCGUUUCGAUUUAAUUUUGCUCCUAAAGGAUAAUAGAAAUCCAGAAUGGGAUAGGAUGACUUCGGAGCAUAUUCUGAGAGCCGCUUAUGAGAAAAAGGAGAACAGCGUUCGAUCAGACCCGAAAAAUCCCUUAGAACUUUUAAGAACAGAAGGAUUAUGGAAGGAAGACACGUUACGUGAAUACUUAGCACACGUGCAUUCUCUGGAGCCGAAGUUAACGAAGGAGGCGGAAAUGGUACUUCGUGCGACUUAUCUUUAUCAUAGAUCUCAUCCAGAUAGAAGAGAAGAGAGAACCACAGUUCGACUGUUGGACAGUCUUAUGAGGCUGGCUGAAGGUCAUGCUAAGUUGAUGUAUAAAGCGGAUAUAGAAAUUAUGGAUGCUAUAUUCGUGGCACAAUUAAUUGGGACGGGAUCUAAGUCAGAGAGUAAUCUCGGUAAUUCGUUUCCCUUAGAUCCAAUAGCAACAUAUCGAUCAGAGGGUAAAGCGUUGUUGAGAACGAUUGAUUUGCAACGUUUGGAGAAUUUACUAUAAGCAUUUUUAUUAAUUUGAGAUCAUGUCUCUUGUAAU